CGCCUGCGCAUGGUGUUGUCGUACCUGUUCGCGCAGCUGGUGCUGUGGGCGCGCGGGCGGCCGGGCGGCCUGCUGGUGCUGGGCUCCUCCAACGUGGACGAGGCGCUGCGCGGCUACAUGACCAAGUACGACUGCUCCAGCGCAGACGUCAACCCCAUAGGCGGCAUAUCCAAGACUGACCUCAAAUCUUUCCUACAGUACGCUAAGAAUCGGUUCUUCUUGCCAUCUCUAUCGGAGAUCCUACAAGCCCCGCCGACAGCGGAGCUGGAGCCGUUAGCUGACGGCCAGAUAACGCAGACCGAUGAACAGGACAUGGGCAUGACGUACGCGGAGCUCUCGCAAUUUGGUCGCCUCAGGAAGACGCACCACUGCGGACCGUUCAGCAUGUACCAGAAAUUGGUACACUCUUGGAGCAAUAAGUGUACACCACAAGAGGUAUGUAUAAACAAUUAUAAUAUGAAUUUGGAGAGCAUUUUCAAUUAUUUAACCGCUUAUUUCACGAAAGAAUGUUAUUAAACUCUUUAGAUCUACUGUACAAUUUACUAAAAGCCCGAAAUAUUAAUUCCUUAUAUGACUUGUUAAGAAUUUCACCAAUAAAUUGCUACGUUAUCAUUAAGCAACGUACGCGUAGAAGAUG